UUAUCUCGCGCAUAUCGCCAGUUGGCCGUUAUUCCUACCGUCGUCUAUCGAUUCGUGUGGCCAACCUAUCCCUUGUUUGCCCGUGCAGGCCUUGAUCUAGAAAAUGGAUCAUUUUUGACGUCUUAA